GCGCAGGCCAUCGCCACCUCUUCACGGGUCCUGAGUCACGUGCGUCAGAGGCAACACGUUUCGAGGGAUACGCGGCGUCGCAGUUGCUCCACCGCAGGUCCCACGCGCGCUCCGACCCACGGGCUUCGUUUUCUGCCCUCCGGACCGCCACGACGUUCCGCAGGCUCUUCUCCAGAGUCGCCCGCUAUCCCAACAACAACAACAACAAUAACAACAACAACAUGGGGAAGCGGAGCAGGCAGCGGCAGAAGAACCAACCCACCGGCAGGGACGACAGGGACAACGCAGGCUGGGGAGCCGGAUAUGCAGACAUUGUCAAGGAGAAUAAGCUGUUCGAGCACUACUACCAGGAGCUGGGCCUGGUGCCUGCCGGAGAGUUUGAACAGUUCAUGGACGCCAUGAGGGAACCGCUGCCGGCAACCAUCCGCAUCACCGGGUACAAGAGCCACGCCAAGGAAAUCCUCCACUGUCUGAAGGAGAAAUACUUUAAGGAUAUUCAAGAGGUGGAGAUAGACGGUCAGAAGAUCGAGGCGCCACAGCCUCUGAUCUGGUAUCCAGAUGAGCAGGCCUGGCACACCAACAUGAGCAGGAAGAUCAUCAGGAAGUCUCCCCUGCUGGAGAAGUUCCACCAGUUCCUGGUCAGCGAGACCGAGUCGGGUAACAUCAGCCGACAGGAAGCCGUCAGUAUGAUCCCGCCUCUCCUCCUGAAGAUUGAGUCCCACCACAAGAUCCUGGACAUGUGUGCAGCUCCGGGGUCAAAGACAGCCCAGCUGAUCGAGAUGCUCCAUUCGGACAUGGACGUGCCUUUUCCCGAGGGCUUUGUCAUCGCCAACGACGUGGACAACAAGCGCUGCUACCUGCUCGUGCACCAAGCCAAGCGCCUCAACAGCCCCUGCAUCAUGGUGGUCAACCACGACGCCUCCUGCAUCCCCACGCUCAACAUCGACUUGGACGGCAAGAAGGACAUCCUCUUCUACGACCGCAUCCUCUGCGACGUCCCCUGCAGCGGGGACGGCACCAUGAGGAAGAACAUCGACGUGUGGAAGAAGUGGACGACCAGCAACAGCCUGCACCUACACGGGCUCCAGAUGCGGAUCGCGGUGCGCGGCGUUGAACAGCUGGCUGUGGGGGGGAGGAUGGUUUACUCCACCUGUUCACUAAACCCUAUCGAGGACGAGGCCGUCAUCGCGGCGCUGCUGGAGAAGAGCGAAGGAGCGCUGGAGCUGGCCGACGCCUCGGCCGAUCUGCCGGGGCUCCGGUGGAUGCCCGGGGUCUCCUCCUGGAAGCUGAUGACCAAAGAGGGCCAGUGGUUCUCGGACUGGUCCGAGGUUCCGAGCCACCGUCGCACACAGAUCCGGCCCACCAUGUUCCCGCCGACCGACUCGGAGAAACUCGCCGACAUGCACCUGGAGAGAUGCAUGAGGAUUCUGCCACAUCACCAGAACACCGGAGGCUUCUUUGUGGCCGUGCUGGUGAAGAAAGCCCCAAUGCCCUGGAACAGAAGAUAUCCCAAGCUGAGGAGGGACGUCUCGUCCGGCUCAGCGGUCCAGGCUGAAGGCUCCCCGGGGGCCCCGACCCCGGCAGACGCGCCCCGCCUCCCCGAGAGUGUCCCUGCUGCCGUGGAGGUGGGGGUGGGGGUGGAGGUGGAGGGGGGAGGAGGCCCGGAGGGAAAAGCAGACACGGAGGCAGGGGCACCAAAAAGAGCUCUCUCUGCGCAGGAGACCAGCGCCAAAGUGUGCGGGCCUCCAGCCUCUAAGAAGAUGAAGCUGUUUGGUUAUAAAGAAGACCCCUUUGUGUUCCUCACUGAAGAAGACCCCGUCUUCACCACCAUACAAUCUUUCUACGACCUGGCACCCAACUUCCCAAAGCGCAACGUUCUGACCCGGACUCACGAUGGCAAGAAGAGACACUUGUACAUGGUGUCCAAGGAGCUGCGCAACGUGCUGCUCAACAACAGCGAGCGCAUGAAGGUCAUCAACACCGGGGUGAAGGUGUGGUCUCGCAACAGCGAUGGGGAGGAGUUUGGAUCCCCCUUCAGACUGGCUCAGGAGGGCAUCUACACUCUUCAGCCGUACAUCCGCUCCAGGAUAAUCCGAGUGAGCGUGGAGGACAUCAAAGUGCUGCUGACCCAGGAGAACCCCUACCUCAGCAAACUGCAGGAUGACGCCCACGCUCAGGCCAAGAAACUUGUGAUGGGCAGCAUUGUGCUGAAGUACAACCCCAACCCAAAUAACCCGACGGAGCCUCAGUGCCCCAUCCAGCUGUGCGGCUGGAGGGGGAAGACGUCCAUCCGAGCCUUCGUGCCGCGCAACGAGAGGUUCCACUACCUGCGCAUGCUGGGCGUGGAGGUCUUCAAAGAGAAACAGGGCCUCGGCCAGAAGGGGAAGGACGGAGACAAGGAGGUGGUGGAGGUGGAGGAGGAGAAGAUGGAGGGCGUGGCGGGAAAAGAGGGAGGAGCGGCGGAGAAAGAGGCGGAGCUCGACCCGCAGAACGGUGACGAGAACGGCUCGUUGGAACCAAAGAAGUAGAAGCCGAGAAGGUCGAUGGGGAGAAAGGAGGACUGAAGACGUACGCGUUGGUCAGGAGAAAGACCUCCUCCUGCUCGAGGAGGAGGAGGAGCCUCCACACUGCAGAGAUGGACUCCUUUUUGGGGAGUUCUACUUUUGGGAUCCUCUCCAGGGGUUUUAGUUAAAUGGCUUAUCUUAUUUCUUGUUUAUUUUUUUAUAUUUUAACAAACGUUUCCCGCCAAACAAGUGGCAUCAAAUAUUUUUCUCUGUUGCGCAUGUUUAUAGAGUUUUCAUUAAACGCAAUCUCAAUUUUGACACCUGUAAUGGAGCAGAAAUACGGAGUUGAUUAAAAACGUCAAACUGUGUCAA